CAGAUAUAGUGAAUGCGGGGUCCGGGGAGACCAGAUAUAGUGAAUGCAGGGUCCAGGGAGACCAAAUAUAGUGAAUGCGGGGUCCGGCAGAGACCAGAUAUAGUGAAUGAAGGGUCCGGGGAGACCAGAUAUAGUGAAUGCAGGGUCCGGGGAGACCAGAUAUAGUGAAUGCAGGGUCCUGGGAGACCAGAUAUAGUAAAUGCAGGGUCCGGGGAGACCAGAUAUAGUGAAUGCAGGGUCCGGGGAGACUGGAUAUAGUGAAUGCAGGGGUCCGGGGAGACCAGAUAUAGUGAAUGCAGGGUCCGGGGAGACUGGAUAUAGUGAAUGCAGGGUCCGGGGAGA